CGGGGCGCACGGUGCGCGCGGGGCUGUGUGUGUGUGCGGAACCACGUGACGGAGCUCGGAGGAGGCGAAGCUUCAUAAGGAGGAGUGAGGACGAAAAGGGGAGGACUGGAGAAACGCUGGAGGCAGCAGUGGAACCAGCAGCAACCUGUGUCCACGGAGCAGGAGCGCGCGCUCCAACAGCCGCAGGGACGCUUCCUCAGACAUCCCAUAAACUUCUCUGACAGAGGAGCAGAGGAAGAGAAACACCGAGUAAAGUGAUGCCUAAACGGCACCUGUUUCUCCCUAAAGUCAGGGUUUUGGUUGGUUGAACGAUGCGCCUCUGACUUGGAUUUACGCACGGUGAUAAAGGGCGAUUCUGCUACACUCUGGAGAAUUAUGUAAGGAAAUAUCUAAAUAGAAGAAUUUCAUUGUCGUAAAUCCGCAAGGAUUCAAGGUUUUUUCCAAGUUGUCUGGACAUCUUAGACUGCAGUAUUACCCUCAGACACAGCCAUGAAAUCUGUGCUCGAUGGUGUGGCGGACACUACCUUCCGGACUAUUACAUCUGGCUUACAGUAUCUGAGCUCCAACGACGCCAACUAUGAAGACCACCUCGGCGAUGCGGACUUCAAGGGCAGCUUCUCCAUGCAGAAGCCCCUGUCUGCCUUCCGCAGCAACUCCUUCCCCAACAAAGUACCUGCAGAUGAGGAGCUCAUCCUGAAGAGCAUUCCUUUCUUCCCCACCAAUGCCACGGACCUGUUUGGCAACCGGAGCACAAUCAGAGAUGAGACUAAUUUACAAUGUGGGGAGAACUUCAUGGACAUGGAGUGUUUCAUGAUCCUGACCCCCAGCCAGCAGCUGGCUGUGGCUGUGAUGUCUCUGACUCUGGGCACCUUCACGGUGCUGGAGAACCUGGUGGUGCUCUGUGUCAUCCUGCAGUCCCGCACCCUCCGCUGCCGGCCCUCCUACCACUUCAUCGGCAGCCUGGCCAUAGCCGACCUGCUGGGCAGCGUCAUCUUUGUCUACAGCUUUUUGGACUUCCACGUUUUCCACAGGAAGGACAGCCCCAAUGUUUUCCUCUUCAAGCUGGGUGGAGUCACGGCGUCGUACACGGCGUCGGUCGGAAGCCUCUUCCUCACCGCAAUCGACCGCUACAUCUCCAUCCACCGUCCCCUCGCCUACAGGCGCAUCGUGACGCGGACCAAGGCCGUCAUAGCCUUCGUCAUGAUGUGGGCCAUCUCCAUCAUCAUCGCGAUGAUCCCUCUGCUGGGCUGGAACUGUAAACGGCUCAACUCGGUUUGCUCAGACAUCUUCCCCCUCAUUGACGAGAACUACCUGAUGUUCUGGAUCAGCGUGACCAGCGUGCUGGUCAUCUUCAUCUUUUACGCCUACAUCUACAUCCUGUGGAAAGCUCACCACCACGCCGUGCGUAUGCUGAGCCGUGCCUCCCAGAAGAGCCUGGUGAUCUACUCGGCCGACGGGACUAAAGUGCAGACCACGCGCCCUGAUCAGGCACGCAUGGACAUCCGUCUGGCCAAGACCCUGGUGCUCAUCCUGGUGGUGCUGGUGAUCUGCUGGGGCCCGUUGCUCGCCAUCAUGGUCUACGACCUCUUCUGGAAGAUGGACGAUGACAUCAAGACGGUGUUUGCGUUCUGCAGCAUGCUCUGCCUGCUCAACUCCACCGUCAACCCCAUCAUCUACGCCUUGAGGAGCAAGGACCUGCGGCACGCUUUCCUCAGCUCCUGCGGCGCGUGCAGGGGCAGCGCCCAGCAGCUGGACAACAGCCUCGAGUCCGACUGCCAGAACAGGAAUGCCCACAUUUCUGCCAACAGGGCUGCAGAGAGCUGCGUGAAGACCACUGUGAAAAUAGCCAAAGUAACAAUGUCUGUGUCCACCGAAACCUCUGCAGAAGCUGUCUGAUUACGAGGGAGAUAAAAAGGUGUAAAUGUCAUCAAAUAAAGCCAAACAGAGGGUUAGGCGUUCAAGAACAGUCCUCUCCUGAAUGUGUUGUCAUACAUCCUGACAUAAACGCUUGAGUGGCUCCAUUAUUUUACGUUUGUCUAUGAGUACAAGGUGUGCCAAAGUGCCAAAUGGUAUUGCGAGAUCAUAGGAUGGACUCACAUUGGGAAUGCAAUAUAUGAACGACUAUCAUAAGUCUGCUGUUUACCAUAGACUUCAUGAUAUCCAGUUAGCAAAGGCAUAUUAUAUUUUUGUACUGUGAAUUCAGGUUUAAAAAAAACUAUAUCUUCAGUUAUGGGAAAAGGGGCUACUGACAUUUUUAAGUAGAGAUGUUUUACAGCGUCAUUUAGAAUUUAACAUGUGUCUUGCACCAUUAAAACAACCCAACAUUGCGCCUUGACUUUCUACGGGCUUCUUGUUGCAUAAUUGGACUUUUCUACAAGGAAAAAUCAUUUAAAAAUGUGCCGUCGGUUAACUGUUUUUCUUUCCAAAUAUGCCAUGAAACGUCCAACUUUUCUCUGUUUUCUGAUAUCACUCAGUGAGUGGUCCACGUGUGGGGGGG